GGGUUUUUAUUUGCCAAUCUCUGCGCCCCACUCACAUUCAUUGCACUCGCGCAAAGCGCACGUCAAAUUUUUUCGUUUAUUUCUACGAAAUUUUGCUGAUUUUACCGCUGCACUACUAUAAAAAUAAUAGAUUUUUAAUAUGAAAAUAUACUAUAUGUGGAAUUAGGUACGUCUGAAGUAAUUCAAUAUGUCGAUUUUAUUGAUCGUUGCUUUGAUUUUGACUUAUUUUUUUAAACGAAAAGUGUUUUUCUUCAAUAUAUUUUUGUAUACAAUGUUGUUUUUAACUUAACUUGCCAAUACCACAAAAAAAUAUAGAGUAUUAAACUACAAUGACAGUUAGGCCUAUUUACACACAAUUUUUCUGGCUUUAUGUGACAGUUCAUACUGAACAACGAAGCGUAGAAAACAUAAGGUAUUCCACAAUGAACGCAUUGCUUUCAGUGCUUCUCUCUAAUGAAAGUGGUGAUUGUAGCUUGGCAAAGAGUAAAAAGAUAGGAGUUGCGCAACAUUUUGCCUGGCUUCGCGUCUAAAACUUUUAUGUGAACGUACUCAUGCAAAAGCGUACAUCAAACUUUUCUGUCAAAACAAAUGUCUGGCGCAAAGCAAAAGUUUUAUGUGAGUUGGCCAUUAGUCGGGUUGAAAUCCAGAAUGUCGGCAUAAAAACGAAAAGAUGCUGCAAAAUUAUUGCAUACAAUCGGUAUUACUAAAGAUGCCAGAUGUAUAAGUUAUUAAAAUAAUUGAAUUAGCUGUCCACAUAUCUGCAAGUGUAACACAAAUUAUUUGGUACUAUAUGCUUAACUCUUUUUUUUAUUGUAACAUUUACAAAAUAACGCGCUGUCGAAAAGUAUAAAUAACCCCAGAAAUUGUAUACGUAUUUCAGACUUUUUAGUCAACGGAAUUACCUGGGAAUGGCGCUACGUAAAACUAGUAAAACGAAUAUAUUUUUUUAGUUAAACUUUAAAUGCUGUUUAUAUAAUUUAGAAUUUUAUUGAAAAAUAGUUUUUCUUUCACUAUACAAAAAUACACUUUUGAUAAAUAAUUUAAAUAAACCCUACAAACGCAUAUAAAAGCAAAACUAAUUUCGAGCACUAAAAAAACUGAUAUGGGUGCCUUGAGGUAUCCGGAUAGCGGAGAAUAAAAUGUAUUUGAUAAAUGUCAAAUGCAAGUACCGAUUAUUUGACAUUUUCCUUUUGCACACUAUUGCUCUUAAAGUGUACACGUUUUUACUGCAAAUUUCACGAAAUCACAAUCUGUGAUUUAAUUGAGUCAACUUUCAGUGGAAACAUCUAAAAUACUAAGCAUAUAUUGCAAAAAUGGCGUUGACGUCACGUUUUUAUAGCGAAAAAUAUCCCGAGGUUGAAGAUGUAGUUAUGGUGAAUGUGUUAUCCAUAGCUGAAAUGGGUGCUUACGUCCAUCUGCUAGAAUACAACAAUAUAGAAGGCAUGAUUCUGUUGUCAGAGUUGUCUCGCCGUCGUAUUCGUUCCAUUAAUAAAUUGAUUCGCGUUGGCAAAACAGAACCAGUGGUAGUGAUACGUGUAGACAAAGAGAAGGGUUAUAUUGACUUGUCCAAGCGUCGUGUGUCGGCAGAGGAUGUAGAGAAAUGCUCGGAACGUUUCGCAAAAGCAAAGGCGGUGAAUUCGCUACUAAGACACGUAGCUGAUAUUUUAGAAUAUGACUCAAGUGAAAAGUUAGAAGAGCUGUACUUAAAGACUGCUUGGCACUUUGAGAAAAAGUAUAAUAACAAGACAGUUGCGUACGACAUCUUCAAACAAUCCGUCACAGAACCAUCUGUAUUCGACGAAUGUGGUUUAGAUGAACACACCAAGGAAGUUCUCCUGAACAACAUUAAGCGUAAGCUCGUUUCGCCUACUGUGAAAAUUCGUGCUGAUAUUGAAUGCUCUUGUUAUGGCUAUGAGGGAAUAGACGCUGUUAAAGCUGCAUUAAAGACAGGUCUGGAUUUAAGUACAGAAGAAUUACCUGUACGCAUCAAUUUAAUUGCGCCUCCUUUGUAUGUAAUGACGACGUCUACAACAAAAAAAGCUGAAGGAUUGAAAGCUUUGGAGACAGCAAUCGAAAAUAUUCGCAAUAAGAUUAUUGAAUCGGAAGGAGAAUUCAAAGUUAUAAUGCCACCAAAACUUGUUACGGCUAUUGAUGAAGCUGAUUUGGCUCGUCGCUUGGAGAGAGCAGAAGCUGAAAAUCAAGAAGUGGGUGGAGACGAUGAUGAGGAUGCAGACGGUGACCAAGAAGGCAUGCAAUUCGAUCCAGAAAAGGAAUUCAAUCACAAAGGUGAACGUGCCGCUGCUCAAAAUGAUAAUGAAGACGAAGAUGAGGAAGAGUAGAGAGAGAGACAAAUAUAGUUCAUUUCCAGUUGCGUUUAGACACCACUUGGUUUAUUUAUCUAAAAAAUAUUCACAAGUUUGUCGGGAGCAGUAUAUAAACAAAAACCGUCAUUAUUUUAAUUUUGAUAAUAAAAUAUAGUUUAUGCAAUUAUUAAAACGUUUAAAGAAUAUGGAACAAUAUGGUAUAAAUAAAUCACACAAGAACAAACAAAUGGAAACGUUGGUUUUUGUAGAUUAAUAUGGCGGUCUACGAAACGUUUCUUAAAUAUUUUACACUAUAAUUAAAAUCAACUCAUAUCUUAAAACCAA